UUGUAUCUGAAACUUUGAAACGGACGGUUCGAAUUUUUGUUCAAUUAUUUCAGUUGGCUUUAUACACAAUUCAACAAUUUUCACGAAACCACAAAAAAAAAAACAGAAGCAAAAAAAAGAAAAGAAAAAAAAUAUUCAACAUUUUUCCCAUACACAUAUAAAGCAGAAAUCCAUUAUAUAAACACCCAUACUAUACCAUAUCACAUCAACAACAAGUUCCUAUAAAUAGCCUAUGGAAAUCAAACAAACAAAAAAUAAGGAAAAAAGUGCCGAAUUCAAAUUGUGCGAAAUUAUAAUAUACAUAUUUCAAUCUAUAAUGUUAACCACUUAAAAACAUUCUCAAUAAAAAAAUCAAAAAAACCAACAAAAAUUGAAAUCAAUCUAAACUGUUGAAUUGCAUUAGUGGACCAAUCUUUGGAUAGAUUUUUGGUUUUAUAUUUUGGCGUAUGUAAAAUGUGGCUAAGAUGUCUAUUUUCGAUAUUAUUCCUUGGUAUGGUGGUAAUGACUGAAGCUGGCAUCAAGAUGGCCGAUAAGGAUCACCAUCAACAGGAGUCAACGACGACACUAUCGCUUACGCUAUCCAAAUGUGCCGCCAAAUUGGGGGAAUGCGACGAACGAGAGGGUCCUGUCUGUGGUACCGACGAUCAGACCUAUCCCACACGUUGUCAUCUAUUGAGAGUCCAGUGUAGUGGCCAUCAAGUGAGCCUUAAAUAUCGCGGUUUCUGCAAGGCCUGCCUGGAGGCUCGGCAGUAUUCACGCCGACAAUUGGCACGUAAUCCCCAAUAUUUUGUGCCACGUUGUCGCCGUGAUGGCACCUUUGCUGCCAUGCAAUGUCUGGGGGAAACUGGCUGCUGGUGCAGCGAUCAUUUGGGCAGACCCAUAGAGAAUACCUCAACCUCAUCGCUGCGCUCGAAGCCCAAGUGCCGUGCCUAUAGGCGCAAUACACGUCGUCGUUCGCCCACACGUCUAGUGAAUCCUGUGCCCUCGGAUUCCAGUGAGACUGAGGCUGGUGCUACUGCAGCUCAUCGUGCCUGCAGCAAGGCGGAUCGUUUGGCCUUCAAUGAUCAAUUGAUCGAAAUCUUUCGCAGUGAAUACUUACGCUCUGCGUCUGUACGCGAUCAGCGGCCUACGGAUGCAGAUGUUUUGGAUUGGAAAUUCAUCCAAUUGGAUGCGAAUAACAAUCAAAAGCUGGACAGGCAUGAAGUUCGUGAGCUGAAGAAGCUUGUUAAGAGGGCAGUGAAGCCUAGACGAUGUGGACGUGCUUUUGGCAAGUAUUGUGAUGUCGACAAAGACGAGAGUCUGAAUUCGCUGGAGUGGAGCACUUGCCUAUCCAAAGAUGGCAAUAAUCGUAAUGUGGCUGUCUCCAUUUUAAAUGGUACCACCAUAACGAUAAUGACAACUCCAAAUCCAAAUCGCCAAAACCAUUAUCAAUUGCACUCAACAACCAUAAUGCAUCCGAAACAUGAUCAUACCAAUACGAAUAUCAUUGGCGGCAGUUCCGGCAGCAUUUUACAUACAUCCCAUGAUGAUGCAACUGGCAGUUCAUUGGAGCAUGGUGAUACCGAUAUGGAGACUGAGGAUAACUAUGAUGAUGGCACUGGCACUGGCAGCAUUGGCGAGGACGAUGAUGAUAUGACCUUACCCAGUUUUCCACAUUCACGCACAUCUCUUAACGAUAGGCAGAAUAGAAAUAGAGUCUAUGCUAAUGCCCAUUUCUUCACAGUAUUGAAUUCCAAAACGUCUGCAGAAACGACAAAUAACGAAAACGAGGGUGAGACCAAUUGUUGGACAGAUCAAACUGUGGCCCUAGAGGAGCAGAGUCAUGGUGGCAAAAGUGUACUCUAUGUUCCCGAAUGUAUGCCCGAUGGACGUUAUCAGCGUGAGCAAUGCUAUCAUUCUACACCAUAUUGUUGGUGUGUCAACGAGGACACGGGCAAACAUAUUCCAGGCACUUCGGUAAAGAAUCAGCGACCCCAAUGCGAUGUGGUUAGUGCUGUGCGACCCAUGAAAGGUUGUCCGGAGCCACGUAAAACGCAGUUUCUCAAAGAGUUGAAAGAUUUCCUCAAUACUCAACUUUUGCCAAGAGGCAACACGGGCUCCGAUACAACCAUUUGGAAGUCAGAAGAUGAACGUAUUGCCACUUUAAGUUUUGUAUUUCUGGACAAGAAUAAAAACAAAUCAUGGGAGCGCAAAGAAUGGAAAGUCUUUCGUGAAUUGGUCACCAGUGCCAGAAAUUUGGGUAAAUGUGGCAAAAAGAUGCCACGCUACUGUGAUGUGAAUGGUGACAAGAAGAUCUCGUUGUCCGAGUGGCUAGACUGUCUGCAAUCCCAGAAAACAGAGAGUGCCACCACAGCAAAGCCGGCGCAGUCAAAUGAGACAGCCACUGUGCGACUCCAUGGAUCAAAUCCAUUGGAGCAAUAUCUUAAAGAUUAGUUUUUAAAAUGUUUGUUUUUAAAGUAUUUUUUUUUUUUAAUUAAUAAUUUUUUACUGUGCAGCUGCUCCUACUCAUUAGUUAGAUGUCGUCGUGCCAUGUCAAAAAACUUUUCACACACACACGCAUGCACCCACACCUACACACACUCACACACACGCCUACACACACAUUCCUAUCAUUUAGAUUCUAAAACUUACAUUGUGUGUAUGUAAUUACUAAUUAGUGUUGUAUAUAUUAAUUCGAUAUAAAUUGUCUAAGUUAAGUUUAUAAUAAUAAAACAAAAAAAAAUUUUUAUAAA